UGCUCUCCUCUCUUCAGCAUUUCUCUCAGCAGGUUUAUCCUCUCUCCCCCUCUCUCUCUCUCCCUCUCUCCUCUCCUCUUUCGGGGGAGAGCUCAUAUCUCUGGCGGUUUGCCGCAUGGAAAUCGCUCAGGCUAGACUCUCUCUCUCUUUACUCGGACCGUCCCUUCUCAAUGUGCCAUCUACCGCUGCAGCGACAGCAGACUGAACGCCACCUGAGCUGGGAUACGCGCCGGGAUAAUAACGUAACGGCAUCCAUCCGCUGAGUGACUGUAAAAGGGGGAGGCAGCAUCCCGGCAUCAUUCCAGCAGAGGGAAGGAAGGGGAGGGGGGGAAUGUUUCUCACUCAGAUGUAACAGCCACAGAGAGCAGGGAUCGCCAAGUGCGCAAAAGCAGCUGCUGGAGAGCAUUUUUACGCACGGCUCUGCGCGCUCUCUCCUACUUGACAGAGCGGAGGUUGGAUAUUUCUGUGUCUGUGUGUGGUAUUGGGAACCUCCCCGUCGUGAAGUCCUGAUUUCUGCCAACCCACCUGGAGGCUCAAAACCGAGAGAAUCCGUCGCCCUGUUGGAAUAUUAAUAACCCGUCCAAACUGAUCCAGGCGGGGAGAUGAUGCUGCAGCAGCAGCAGAGUUUGGGACUCUAGAGAGCUUCUCUAACUUUUUUUUUUGUGUUCCCAUUUCUGUUUACUUCUGUUCAUCUCCGACCUUUGGGACUUUCUGCUUGAAUUGCAGCUCUACGGAAUCAGUCAUGGACCGCUCUACAUCUUUGGAUAUAGAAGCGCUCAAGAUGACCCAGGAGCAAUACAUCCUUGCAGCCCAGCCAAACCCCCUCCACCAGCGAGGAGCUUCAGAAUGCAGUGCCCAAGUUUACCCAGCAGUCGGCAUCUAUGGGUGGAGAAAGAGAUGUUUGUACUUCUUUAUCCUUCUUCUACUUGUCACAAUGAUUGUCAACCUGGCACUCACCAUCUGGAUUCUCAAAGUCAUGAACUUCACUCCGAAUGGUAUGGGAAACCUACGAGUGAACAAAGAAGGAAUCCGUCUGGAGGGGGUGUCCGAAUUCUUGUUGCCCUUAUAUGUCAAAGAGAUCCAGUCACGGAGGGAUAGUCCACUGAUUCUUCAGUCAGACAGAAAUGUGACCAUCAAUGCUAGAAAUGAUCAGGGACAACUGACUGGUCAACUCACUGUGGGAUCUGACAUGGUGGAGGCCCAGUGUCAGAGGUUUGAAGUUAAGAGUGCUGAUGGUGAGAGAGUUCUGUUUUCUGCAGAUGAGGAGGAGGUCAGCAUUGGUACUGAGAAACUUAAAGUCACAGGAGACGAAGGAGUAGUGUUUAGCCAUUCUGUUGAGACUUCACACGUACGGGCAGAACCAUUUCAGGAUCUAAAGCUAGAGUCCCCAACUCGGACUCUGACGCUAGAAGCUCCGAGAGGGGUUGAGGUCAGUGCUGGAGUUGGAGACUUCACAGCUUCUUGCAGAAAAGACCUCCUCUUGCAGUCCUCAGAUGGAGAG